AUGUAUAAAUCAAUAAUAUUAUUAAUCUCUCUAAUUGUAAUAAUUAAGGGUUCAUCAGUACCAACUAAAGUGGUAACAUUUCAAAAUGGUGCAUUUGUAUCACAAUUUCAAUUCUAUAGUUUAACUAAUGGUAGUUUAAUUGAUUCUAUAUCAGCUCCACUUGAUACUGUUAUCGCAAUUACAUCUAUCGAUACUGAAAGUGUUACCUAUAUAUCUAAUCAAGUUGGAACUUUUAAUUUUAAUAGCUUUGAUUUUAAAACACAAACUAAUAAAGUUAUUUCUAGUAUCAACUUUCCAAAUACAAAUGAUGUAACAUUUUCAUUUCAACAAAUAUUAACUAAUGCCCCAUCCCUUAAUAAUGUUUUUACAAUCUAUGGUAAAAACAGUACAAAUUAUUUUUAUUAUUUAAAAUUAGAUUUUAAAAAUACAAUUUAUACUCUUGUAAAUAUAGGUGAAAACCAAAUUUUAGAUGGUUCUUAUUUUAGUGGUGGUUAUGAUUAUUUCAAUUCAUCAUUUUACUACUCCUAUGUUUCGAAUUACCAUUGUAUUACUUUUGGCUCGGUUGAUGUAAAUUCCUUAGUUCCAACAGUUCCAGAAAGAUGUAUUAUGACCACUACUUAUAACCCAUUUGAUAUAAAUAUUCCUGUUGUCUUUAAUUCCACAAAAUAUUUGAUCUCAACUAUGUCUACUGCUAAUUCCGUUCAAUUUGAAUUGUUUGCAAUUAUAGAGGGUGUUAUAGAUAGUCUUCCAUUAUUUGAAUUCUUUAACAUUGCCAAUGAUCCAAAAAAUAUCAUCCAACCAAUCAACUAUGUUACCUUGAAUAACGAAUAUUUAACUCUUGCUCUUUAUUCUUCUUUAGAUAAAUAUCAAUACUUUACUAUUAGUCUUAUUGAUUAUUCUAUGUCUUCUGUAAUGGGUAGUCCAUUAUCUGGUGUUGAUGCCAUUUUAACUUUUUAA